GCCGCGCCCGGCGCAUCAUGGCGGCGACGGGGGGGGCAGGAGGAGGAGAUGGAGGUGAAGGAGGAGGAGGAGAGGAGCGGCCCAAACCAUUCACUCCCGAGGAGGCCAGAGGGUUGGUGCUGAGCCUGCAGCGUCCCGCCGUGUUCUGCAGCAUGGCUGACGACUGGCCCGCGCUCUCCUGGACGGCUGGACACAUCGCCACGCUCCUCGGGGACGCGCCCAUUCGCUUCAGGAUGGGAAAGAGGGACUUCGGCUCAGAUCCACAGUUUGAGACGUCAUGUGAUUACGUGGAUGCCACGCUGGCGGACUUUAUGGCAUGGAGUGACCGUGGCAAGCAGACUGACGAUGGGCCUACCGACGGCGGGCAGACGGUCAGCGGGCCGGGACCAUUUGACUCCUAUGACGCCCGGACUUCCUGGGCCUACGCAGAUUACAAGUACAUGGCCAGCAUGUUUGCCGGCAAUGCACAUGCUCUCCGGGCGGUGACGUGGUCUGAUUUUGGCUUCCCUGGACGCGGGGGCAAAGAGAGCUCGUUGUGGAUCGGCUCUGCGGGCGCCAACACUCUGUGCCACCAAGACUCCUAUGGCUGCAACCUGGUGCUUCAAGUCCAGGGGAGGAAGAGAUGGCACCUGUUCCCACCUGAGGACACAGCCUUUCUGUACCCAACCAGAAUCCCAUAUGAGGAGUCCAGUGUGUUCAGCAGGGUAAACGUGGUCCGCCCGGACCUGCGACGCUUCCCCCGCUUCACCGAGGCUCGAGCCCAUGUGGUCACCCUGGAGCCUGGCCAGGUCCUGCUGGUUCCCAGACAUUGGUGGCACUAUGUAGAGUCCAUCGACCCUGUGACCGUCAGCAUCAACUCCUGGAUCGAGCUGGACGAUGACCAUCGGGCACGCGUGGAGGAAGCGAUUACACGGCUGGUGGUGUGUGCGGUUAAGGGGGCGGACGAUCCCGACAGCAGUGAAACUUGGUUAAACCCCACCGAGCCGGAGCAGACGUCCCACGACACGAACUGUCAGUAUCUGAAUAGAGCCGUGGCCUCUUACUUUGAGCACCAGGAAUCAUCAGCGCCCCCCGAGCCCAGAGCCCGGCCAUCCCAAGGACCUCAAGGACCCCAGGGACGAGGGGAGUCACCGGCAGGGUGGUCCAGGGAGGGGGCUGCAAGGCCAUGGCCAGAGAAGAAACUGCCCUUCGGCCGGGGCCUGGUUCCAGUGCUGCCCCAGCCCCGAGGGGCCCUGGAGGUGGGCAACGGACACAGCAGACACGAUGGCAACCCCGAGGGUGAGAGCGACAGAGGCCACAGUGACCACUGGGAUAAGCUAGAGAGGCCGACCCAGCCCCAAUCCCCCAUCUCCACUAAUGAGUUACUGGGUUGUCUGCUGGAUCCCCGGGUGAUCCACCUGGUGGCAGAACUGCUACUGGAGGGGCGGACCCUCCGGCCCUCAGACCUGCCCCCAGAUGAGGGGGAAGGAAGGCACCUGGCACCGUUGCAAUAAAAUUAGGU